GUCAAAACUGUCAUUCACUUGACAAUUAACAAUUACAAAAUAAAAAAUCUUAUCAAAUCAAAAUUUUAGCGAUACACCCACGUAAAAUGACCAUAUCACGAUCUUAAUGCGAAAAAGAAAAAUAUGAAAUGAACAUAACGGUUACCAAGUAUGUCCAGUGAUAGCGAUUCUGAUGAAUUUUACGAUGCAGAAGAUAAUUCACCGAGCAGUUCAAGGAAAAACAAGAAGAAUUCUAAGGAGGUUCUAUCUAAAAGAGCCUGUUCCGAACCCAACAUACUCGGAAUAAACAAAACCGAUAAACCCUCGGACGAAUCGAGACAAACGGAAUGCGCCAAAAUCAACGAAGUACAUGUUGGGGGCAGAAAGAAAUUCAAAGAGUUACGCCAACGACUCCAGCACGAUGACGAGGACUACCAACCCGGUAAUAUUACGCCCCCGAACAGCCAGAAUUCCUCCGUCGAAGGGGUGUUCGCCGGCACGAGCCGAGCCACUCAUCCAUUUCGCAUCAUAGAACAGGACACCAUUAGUUUACAGAGCUUAAAUUCGCUAGGUAGAGUCGGUAGGAUCCUAGGAGGAGUUCCCGAAGCAGGAGGCUUAUCGGAAUCGGGGAAGAAAACCGCCUCGGGCUCGGCUUUGUCGUCGAGCUCCCUCGACUCGGAGUCCACUCAAAGUUCGAACAAGCAACACUCGAGCACCGUCACCCUCUCGCCAGGUACACAACCGGCGGGCGUCGGGCCGGACAAGCCCCGUCCGCCCCUCCAGGAGCCCGACGUCAUAGCCAGCACGAAACCGUACUCGCAAAAAAGCUUCGAUAGUUCGCAAAAUCACGCUACCGCCGGUUUAGAUGCACCCGUCGCUCCCCCUAGGCGCAAAAAGAAAAACAAAAGUACCGCUACCGCACUGGCACUAGCAAAAUCCGCUUCUAGCACUAGUUUCAAGUCUUCCGAAUUAGCUAGUCCCGCUACCACGAUCGAAUCGCUAACCAGAGAAUUCGAACAUUCUUUAGACCGAUUGCCGUCGUUCAAGUCCGAGAAAGGAGCGGGCACGGCUUCGCGCAGUUCGACCCUGCGAUCGGGCCAUUCGUUGGACAUCAGAGAAGCGCUGAAGGGCCAGUUCGUGGUGAAGCCGCAGGACAACGUCAGCUCGAAGGCCCGGCCUACGUCCAAAGAGGAAUUGGACAGCGACGGCGCGGAUAAAUUGAGCGUAUCGACCGAUAAAACGACGGUCAACAGCAGCCCGAGGGGCUCGAAUCGAAGCAGCGUGGGACAUUACAGUUUAGGACCUCAUAGAGGGACGCAUCAAAACGACAGCAAGCACUCGUCGAAGGAGCGUAGAAAAUCGGCGGGCGACGAGAAUUACUUGAAAAAUCUGUGCGUUCGCACUCACACGGAUUCCGGCAAGCAACUGUCCGAUCUGGAGAUACUCGAGCAAGUGACUGUAUUGAAUUUGGAUACGGGCGAAAGGGUGCCGCUGAGCGUGGCCGAAGACAAGCUACCGCAGUGCAUCAAUCCCCUGUCGUUGCACAUAAUGCGCAUCACCUCCGAGUACGUGAGCAGCUCCAGCAUGGAGAAGGAGAAGGAAUCGGACGAGGAGAGCGUGGGGAAGAAAUCCGACAUACCGAUCGUCGAGGAGAACGAAGCCGAAGCCGGCGGCAUCCGGCAGAAAACGGCGAAAUUCAAACGGUUUUUGGGUUCUACGGUGAAGAAAACCAUGCACAAGGCGAAAUCCAUCGCGCAAGAGGUGUCCCACGCCAGGCACAAGGAGGAUUCCAUCGAUAUCAUCGAUAACGUACAUCCCGGCGAGCAAAACUGCAAGCUUAAGGCUGCGAAUUCCCACAAAGGUCCUUACGAGUUCGAAAAGGUGGAACACGUCCAAGAGCUGAACGACGAUCAACACGAAGGCCCCAUUUGGUGCAUGAAAUUUUCGAGUUGCGGUAGAUUAUUAGCCACGGCCGGACAAGAUAAAAUACUGCGAAUAUGGGUAGUUAGAGACGCCUAUCCUUUCUUCCAGGACAUGCGUACUAAAUACAACGCCGAGAAGGUCUCCCCGACUCCGUCGCAGGAAUCCCUGGUGUCCCAUCAUUCAGCCGAAGCGUCCAACUUGGCCGUAUUCGACGUGAUGUCGGCGGAAGAGGCCAGCCGAUUGACGUUCAUGCCGAGGCCGUUUUGCACGUACUCCGGCCACACGUCGGACCUGCUCGACGUCUCUUGGUCGAAGAACUACUUCAUACUGUCCUCGUCGAUGGACAAAACGGUCAGAUUGUGGCACAUCUCCCGGAAGGAGUGCCUCUGUUGCUUCCAGCACAUCGACUUCGUCACCGCCAUCGUGUUCCAUCCCAGAGACGAUCGGUACUUCUUGAGCGGAUCUUUGGACGGGAAGCUGCGAUUGUGGAACAUUCCCGAUAAAAAAGUGGCUGUAUGGAACGAAGUGGAAGGCAAUCCGAAGUUGAUAACGGCGGCGAAUUUCUGCCAGAACGGGAAAUUCGCGGUGGUCGGUACGUACGACGGGCGGUGCAUCUUCUACAUUACAGAUCAGUUGAAGUACCACACGCAGAUACACGUGCGAUCGUCGCGCGGUAGAAACGCCGUCGGGCGGAAGAUCAGCGGUAUCGAGCCGAUGCCGGGCGAGGAUAAGAUCCUGGUGACGUCGAACGACAGCAGGAUCAGGCUGUACGAUUUGCGCGAUCUGAACGUGUCGUGCAAGUACAAGGGCUACGUGAACAUGAGCAGCCAGAUCAAGGCGAGUUUCAGCCACGACGGGAAGUACAUCGUCAGCGGAUCGGAGAAUAGGGAUAUAUACAUUUGGAAGACGAAUCACGAUUAUUCGAAGUUUUCGUCGGUUAGGAGAGAUCGAAACGAUUUUUGGGAGGCGAUUAAAGCGCACAAUGCUACCGUUACGUGCGCCAUAUUCGCCCCCAAUCCGGAGGCUAUAAUCAAAAUGAUGGAGGAGAGCCAGAGGAGAGUGAUAGUCGAGGAGAGUUGUGAUAAACAGGUGGAAGAUCCGGUGGUGGAGCAACACACGAAAGGCUGUGGAGGUUACGUGCUGAUUUCGGCGGAUUUUAACGGUUGCAUAAAAGUAUUUGUUAACAAAAUGAAGCCUAAACACAGUUCGUUACCCGUUUCGGCGAUGGCUUGAAUUUUCACCGAAUAAUAAAUCGUUUCUUUUUUAUUGCAUUCGCUAUAUUUUUUUACGAAUCUUAUACAUUUAUUAACGCAAAGGGAUUCAUUUUAACUAAUUUGGUUUUUAUUUUUGUUUUAGUCAGUUUAUUAUAUUUUUUUUUUCGUCUAAUUUAACGAACGUAUUUUUAAAAUAGAUAAGGUGAAAAGGACUAAUUUGAAUAUUUUUAAUCCAAAAACGCGCGAUUUUUAUUAAGCCAAUUUUUACUAUUUCGCUUGCUUUUCAGCGAGGCUUUUGUGUUAGAUUUUAACUAGUGAAAUUGUUUUUAUUGUAAAUAAAUUUUUUGUUAAAC